AUGCAGCAGCUUAACCAUGGCAUUCAGCACAAGGUGCAAAAGUUAGUUCCUACUAUUAGGGACAAACAGAAGACAGCAAGCAGCCGUGAACAUUAUGCCGUUGGGGCUGCAUUCCAAGUGCUCCUUGACAUCUCAGGUCAGCAGCAAUAUUCGCUUCAGCAGCAGCAGCUGCUGCAAAAGAAUUGGAAACACGGUUCUGAAGCAACAACAGCAGCAGCAACAGCGGCGGCAGCAGAAGCAACAGUAGCUGCAACAGCACAGAGCAGCGAGACAAGCAACCAGUGUGCGGUCCUAUGGGAAGCUUUAGCGGACCUUCACUCUCAUCCCACUUAUCUGCUGCAGUGUCCGCAGCAGCUGCUGCGUCUGCGGCGGCAGCUGCUGCAGCAACAACUGCAGCAGCAACUCCUUGCGGAGGGCCCCUGGGGGGAGCCCAUGAGGUUUGCUGCAGGCAAGGAAGCGCCGAGGACCCUCACGGCGGCGCUGCGGUGGGUCCCGCGUGCAGCAGCAGCAGAAGCCGCUGUCUUUGUCUCCCUGCUGCAGCUGCUGUAUACCCGUGGGGGAGCUGCUGCACUUGGAAUCCAGAAGCAGCAGCAGCAGCAGCAACAGGAAAAGAGACACGGCUUCUCUGCCGACGCUUCAGACGUAUACGCAGCAACUCUCCCCACUGAGGCUGGCAGCAGCGCAGCCACGCUACAGGAGCUGCUGAACCCCGCAGCGUUGCUAGAAGGGUCCCUUGAGGCUCUUCAUGGGCCCCUUGCUGCUCAGCUUGCUGCUGUUCUCGACAGUAGCAUAAACAGCAGCAGCAGCAGCAGCAGCAGCUGCGGCAUCACAGCGUUCAAAAUAGGCUUGCUGCUAGAACAAGCAGCAGCGGCUACUGAGCAAGCAAUCGCUGCUGCCGUUCAGAACUCUCCUGAAAAGCGUCUUGAGAGAGAGCAGCAUCAGCAGCAGCAGCAGCAACAGCGGCAGCCGCUGCUGGUGCGUUUCUUGUUGGAUCUUUCAACGAGGGUGCUGGACAGGCUCGAGACCCAGUGGGACUCCUCGGCGCUGCUGCUGCCGCAGCUAUCCGCAGCAGCAACAGCAGAAUGGGCCCCCGCCGCUGAAGAGGGGGCUCCACCCCGCAGCAGUUUGCCUCCGUUUCUAACGGCUUUUGCCUCGCGCCUGCAAGACCUGCUGUUAGCGUACGCAGCUUCUCUUUCUCCUCUGCAGCAGCCUCAGCAGCAGUUCCAGCAGCAGCCCCAGCAGCAGCAGCAGCAGCAGCAGCCGACGCGCGCUGUGAGUCGCCUGGAGACGCUGGUAGGCCGCGACGUGUCCCGCUGCCUCAACUACUGUCUGCAAAUGGCUCACUUCAUGGGCAAGGCCUCGAGCUGCGUCUUUCUUAUAAAUUCGUUUUCAUGCUUGAGGGCCUCACUGCAGCUGCAGAGUUUGGCGUUCAUGUGGGACGCCAGCCUGCAGGAGCAGCAGCAGCAGCUGCUGCAGGAGCAGCAGCAGCUGCAACAGCAGGUCUUGGUGCUGCAGGAGGCUGUGUCAAUGCCUGUGCAUCGGCAGCAGCGCCAACUGCUGACGCAGCUAAUAGAAGAGCAGACAGAAGAGUUAGAUAACCUGUUAGGUUUGGGGCUCUACGGCAGCAGCAGCUUGAGUCGCUGCAUGCAGGAGGCACGUCCUGCAGCCGCUGCAGCCGUGUCUCUUUUCCUGUUGCUGCUGCUGCUGCCGGCCCCACCCUCAGGACUGGCGAUGCAUGCAAGCAGUUCAUUGCUGCAGUUCUAG